UUUAAGGAUUACGGACCCAGAAAAAUCGGUAUUUUCCGUGUUAUUUCGGUAGAUUCCGGAAUGUCACGUUUCCGACCAUGUGACCAUGAUAAAUGACCACGUGAUCGGAUUCUGAGCUGAUACAAAGAUGGCCGAACAAACGCGCAAUCGUAGAGGCAGAUUUGCAUCCUUAAAAAAAGAACCUGCUAAGCAGAAAGCAUAUGAGCUGAAAGAAGAACACAGCUAUGUAGCAACUGAUUAUGUUGAAGUUAAGAGUAGCAAGUCUGUGGAUGGGAGUUGGAAGGAAGGCAGGCGAGUUGUUGAAUUUGCCGUGUUGUUGGAGGGACUGCGGUUUUGCAAAUCGUGUCGACUUGGCCCAAUUCCUUUAACUAUAGAGAACGUCAUUGGGGAAUUAAAGAAGGGAUUAGGAGGAUAUCUAAAAGUGAAAUGUUUGAACUCAGAUUGUGGUCACGUGAACUGUAUAGCGUAUGGAAAAUUAGUGAAAGGGAGUAAACAGGGUGCCACAACUUUUGCCGUGAAUACGAAGCUUGGAACAGCCAUGAUCGACACAUUGGGAGGCCCGAAUAAAGUCAACAACAUGCUGGCAGCUUUGAAUAUACCCACUAUCAGUAAUAGUAAACUGAAGAAAAUGGAGAGGAGGGCAGGGUCAAGCAUUGAAAAAGUGGCGUCUGAGUCAAUGGAAGCUGCAGGCAAAGAAGCAUUUCAGAGAGAAAUGGAGGACAUAGCUGUGUGUGAGUGUUUGGAAGCAGAGAAGUCAACAAACAUUCUUAUAAAGGACCUUGGGGUUUCUGUUCUUCCAGAGGCUUCUCCUAUGAAAGAGGAAUUGAUAAUACCAAGCGACACUAAAGACAUAAGUUGGGCAGAUGAUACAAUGAGUCCACAAUCUUCGCAGGAGAAAGUUGUUAAGAGAAGAAAACAUAGAUUUGUUAUCCAUGGACAUAAGCUGGGUAAAACUUCAUGUAAGAAGAGUUUGUUGAAAAGGUUCCCUUGUAAAACCCGCUCUGGCAUGUCUUGUGCAGUUGAUACAGCCUGGCAAAAACGAGGCUUUGAUAGUCUUACAUCUCAUACCUUUUUUAUGAGUAAGGCGAAGUAUGGUAAAAAGGUAUUGAAGGCUAUUGUAAAACACCGAACCUGUGGAACAUGUAAAUGGUGGAAAAGAAACAAACCAGGUCAACCAGUACGUCUACACCGCUGUGUCCAAAACCAUACAGGAAAUGCAAGAUCGAUGGAGAGUGCGAGCGGGGAACAAGGUAUAUUGGAAUUGUCCAAAGAAGGAACACCUGUAGAGUAUAUUGAAGGUGACGGAGACAAUACACUUAUAGCUCGGUUAAAGUCUUGA